ACUGGAGACCAGGGUUUAAUCCGCUUUCACUGUUCUCCCCACUGGAGACCAGGGUUUAAUCCCCUUUCACUGUUCUCCCCACUGGAGACCAGGGUUUAAUCCCCUCUACAAAAUUCUCCCCACUGGAGACCAGGGUUUAAACCCCUCUCACUGUUCUCCCCAAUGGAGACCAGGGUUUAAUCCCCACCCACGACAAUCCUUUCUCAGUGUUCUCCCCAGGUGCUUGUCUGUCUCCUCUUGCUGAACAGUCUUCAAUAAAAAUGAAGUAUUUAUCUAUUUGUCUGUCUUAUUCAAUCUGUAUAGGAGACAGGAUAAAGUCGGACCCAGACUAUCUUCCAGAAGUGACCGUGGCAACAGGGCAACCACAACACCAGAAGAAGAAGGCUGCGAAGAAGCUUCAUCCAUGUCCUGACUGUGGGAAGACAUUUGACAGACCAUCACACCUAGAGAGACAUGAGAAUACCCACACCAGAAUCAAGAAGCUGGCCCCCGACUACACUUGUUCGUACUGUGGCAAGAUCUUCGCUAAACCGUCAAAGCUGGCUCGGCACGAGCGAGGACACACCGGAGAGAAACCGUACUCUUGCUGCAAGUGCGGGAAGUGCUUCGCCGAGCCGGGGCACCGGAAGAGCCACGAGCUGACGCACAAUGAAGAGAGACCGUACACCUGCGCCGACUGCGGGAUAGGCUUCUUCAACCAGUCCAAGUUGCAACGCCACCAACGCACACACACAGGUGAGAAACCGUACUGCUGCACUGAAUGUGGAAAGACCUUUGCUCGGUCAGGAGGCCUAAAGACUCACUGGCUAAGCCACACGGGAGAGAGACCAUACCUCUGCUCUGACUGUGGGAAAAGCUUCUUCAGCUCUGGGGACCUGAAAGUCCACCACUUGACCCACACCGGAGAGAAACCACACUGCUGCUCCGUGUGCGGGAAGGGUUUCGCGCAGAGGGGGAACAUGAGGGCUCAUGAACGGUCUCACUCGGGGGAAAGGCCUUACAGCUGUGCCGACUGCGGGGCCAACUUCGCCCAUUCUAACUAUUUAAAGAUACACCGGCGCAUUCACACGGGAGAGAGACCCUUCCCUUGCCCGGUCUGCGGCAAGAGGUUUAUUCUAUCCGGGCACCUCGGAAGACACCAGAAAACACACAUACCCAAAAACAACACUUAGGAGAACACACAUAUCCAAACACACACGGGACACACUCAUGAGCUUACUGAAGUAUAUUGUAUUUGCAUAUAAUCAUGAACUACAAUGAAACGGAUGAAGAACAAAAAAUAAAAGACAUGGUAAAAGUCCUGAGAGAGUGACGGUAAGGGAUGCUCCCCCGUGAAGCUCCGCCCUCAACACUCCUCUUUCCAUACUGUGUCCCAAAUGACACCCUGUUCCCUAUAUGGUGCACUACCGGGUCAAAGGUCAAACCUAUAUAGAGCAGAGGGUGCCCAUUGGCCUGUUCCACUGUUUUAAUCUAAACAUUGUAUAGAAUUUAUUUGGCAGGUUGUUGUGUGUAUGUAUAUAUGUAUAUAUAUAUGUUGUGUGUCUUUGUCCUGAACGUUUUUGGUGGUUUUCAUAAUGUGAGAGCUCUGGUGAGUAAAGUUUCUAAUGUAGUUAGUUACCUGUAAACCACAGUUUCGGCCUCUCCUGGUAGGCAAAGUCUCUUCAGAUCAUUUAAGCACYACUUUUUCCACAUUUUGUUACGUUACAGCCUUAUUCUAAAAUGUAUUAAAUUGUUCCCCCCCUCAAUCUAUACACAA